AAACAUCAGAGAGGGAAAGAAAAACCCUAAUUCUACUUUAGCUCCCUCCGGUCCCGCCUUUUUCUGCAGCCAUAGCAUCUCUACAAUCUUCUCUCUGAUUCCCGACUCUUCUUCUGCUCAUCAUCCACAGUUCACUACAUUCUUCAGCUUGUCUGUCUUCAAAGUUCAAACAUUUAUAGUCAUUGGAAGGAUGCUUGAAGAAAAAGGAUGUUUUAAACCUCGCCAAGUUCUUCUCUCACACCACACUAUGAAGCAAAGCAACAACCACACCCAAGCUCCCAAUUCUGCCGAUGAAGCCCUAUCUUUACACCCUCAGCACAGGACUCUUCUUCUUCACGCUGUAGCCUUCUUUUUGGAGCGCAAUGGUUUCUCCAAAACCCUCAAAAAGUUUCGUUCCGAAGCCCAGAUUCAGAAGGGUUCUUCAAAGGAUUUAUUGCUCAGUCUCGAAGAAAUGUGCCACAAGCAUUUAAAGAAAUGUCAAGCCAUCACAACUGAAAAUAAACCAGAUGAAGAAACGGUGAAAGAGGUUGCUGAUGGUAGGGUCCCUGAAGCACAAGAGGAACGGACAAAAAAGUCCAAGGAUAAAAAGAAAAUAAAAAAGAACGCAGUUCCUGAGAUGUAUGUGGAUGCUGCAGAAAAUGAGAAAUCAGAACCUGUCCAUGCGGAGAGUUUGAAUAACUCCAAUGGCACUACUGUCCAUGAUGAUGCAGGAAAGAAAUCUAAGGAUAAAAAGAAAAAGAAGAACAAAGAGAAGUUAGAGACUGUUGCUACAAUUUCCAAUGAUAUAGCUGUAGAUUCUAUUGGAUUGAAUGGUGAUGUCGCCUCUCUUGAAGAAAAGGUUGUCAAAUCCAAAACAAAGAAGAAAAAGGAUGGUCGACAUUUAAGUGAUGAAAAGGAAAAGGAACAGAAUGUAUCUGUUGUUGAUGAACAGAAUGACAUUUCUAAGAAAAGGAAAAGGCUGGCUUCUGAAGAUAACGACAUUCCUGCUGUUGAUGAGAAAGAAACCGAAGAUGUCAAACGUAGAAAAUUAGAAUGUUCAAAAGGAGGCAACGUUAGUUUGCAGUCUACAAAGGUUGAUGUAGAUGCUGGAAAUAGGAGCGCUAUCAAUGAGCUUUCUCAGCAGACAAAUGAAUCUGUUGAAAAAACGGCAGAGAAAACUUCCACAAAGAAAGCUUUUAAGAAACACUCAAAUGGUUCAACCGAGCCAAAGACCAUCAAUGCAUUUCAGAGGGUAAAAGUAGAUGCCGUGACAUUUGCUGAUGAAAAACUUGCAGACAAUUCUUACUGGGCGAAGGGUGGAGCCGAGUCUGGGUAUGGUGCAAAAGCUCAAGAAGUUCUUGGGCAGGUUAAAGGAAGGGACUUUCGGCAUGAAAAGACAAAGAAGAAGCGUGGGUCGUACCGAGGCGGUGUGAUUGAUCUGCAAUCUCACUCAGUAAAGUUCAAUUAUUCUGAUGAUGAUUAAUGACAUGAAUGGAUUCACUAUUCUGGUUCUUAACUGCUUCCGAUCAAAUCAUGAAUGAAGUUUCCAUUUCAUGGAAAAAAAAUUGGUUGUAUGUUCCAUGGGAACUCAAAAGAACUGGCGUUUCUAUAUUUAUCAUCAAUUUUUUGAGGGAGUCCAUCCAAAAAAUGGGCUAUGCCUAAUCAAUUUUGAACUUAUUAUUGUGCAGGUUGUAGUUCUCCAAAUGCUUUACUUCAUAUAUGUAUGUUUAUUGUUGUAACUGCGGCAACUGUGGAUUGAUUUUUGAAUGAAACAUACAAUAUUUUCCCA